GUAAUGGCGACAGAUGCGCGUUCUGCCUCAAAACCGAGGAUAGUCAAACUAGGAACUAGGGAGGUAGAGUUUCCCUCCCCCUACCUCCAGGAGCUCAAAGACUCCAACCACCUGCUGGGGGAUGUGGAGCUGUUAAGACAGGAGUUUCACAAUCAGGGGUAUCUCUUUAUCCGAGGCCUCCAUUCCCGAGAAGAGGUAUUAGAUGCAAGGCUUGCAGUUCUGCGGUAUAUCAAAGAUCUUGGCGAGGACAAACUGUCUACAGAGUACCCCUUAGAAGAUGGUGUUCUCAACCCGCGCUGUGGAAAAGGAUGUGUGCCGUUUAUGGAGGGAAAGAAUAACAUUACGCACAGCGACCCUGUUCGAAAAGUGAUUGAAGGAAGGAGACCUUUUCAGUUCUUUAAGACAUUAAUUGGAGCAGAACCGAAAACCUUUGAUUUUAAAUGGCUGAGAGCAAUCCAUCGAGAGGGUUACACAGGGGUGCACACCGAUUACGUUUACAUGUCACGUGGCACCCACCAGUUGUACACCAUGUGGACCCCCAUUGGUGACGUCACCUUAGAGAUGGGGACACUGUGUGUCUGUGAGGGGUCCCAUAGAUUACCAGGAUUCAAACAUUUCCAAGAAACGUAUGGCUCUUGUGAUAUCGAAAAGGCUAACCUUGUUGGUACUGGAUGGUUUACCAAUGAUCCUUAUGAAAUCACAAGUAAAUUUGGCGGCCAGUGGAAAACGGCAGACUUCAAAGCCGGAGAUGUCCUCAUAUUUGGCUUGAGGUAUGGGGUACCACGUGAUUGGGCAUUUAACGCAGGGAUGUCUUGUAAAAUAAACUAUUACUGA